AAUUGCAGAGCUCUUCGCUUCUGGGCAUAAGUUAACCUAUUGGGCAGUUUGAGCAGACUGAUAGAGUGCAACACUGUACCAAAGCAGAUAUGGAGCAGGUAUCAGAUGAUGAGCUGGAUCAUGCUGCUGAAGAAGACAGUGAUAAGGAGGAUCAGGAUCUGGACAAGAUGUUUGGCGCCUGGUUGGGAGAACUGGACAAACUCACACAGAGUUUGGAUGAUGGGCGUCCUGAGAAAGUGCAAAAAGCUCCUCUCAGACAGGAAACAAACCUUGCCAAUUUCUCCUACCGUUUCUCUAUGUACAACAUCAAUGAAGCCAUUAACCAGGGUGAGACGGUGGACCUGGACGCUCUCAUGGCUGACCUGUGUUCAAUAGAACAAGAGCUCAGCAAACCCAUGAGCAAGACCUCAGACGCCAAAUCUAGACAGAAACCGACAGGCCGCUCGGCCAGCACCAAACACACCGGAGGGGGCAGCAGCGGAGGAAGCACCAGCAGCAGCACCCGAGCUUCUCCCGCCUCCACCGUACGCGGUGGCAGCGGGCCGUCACGGCCCCUGGCCUCCAACUUUUCCCUGGAUGACAUCACUGCUCAGCUAGAAAAGGCAUCCCUGAGCAUGGACGAGGCAGCAAAGCAGACUUCUGAAUCUUCCUCAUCGUCCUCCUCCUCAUAUUCAUCUGCCACUCUCUCACACCCGCCUUCUAACUCACAUCAUCGCCGUACAGGAUCGGUUGGUACGGUCAGCGACCAGGAAGUGCGCUCGAUUGGUCAUUCCUCCAGGUCAAGCGUCAACUCUGCCUCGGCAUCCAGCAUGGACUCUCUGGAUAUCCGAGGGCAGGAGAAUGAGGCACAGUCACAGAAUCAGAGCCAAAGCCAGACUAGCACAGAGCACUCGUAUUUGGACAGGGAGACCUCUCUGAUUCUGAAAAACAUUGCAGGAAAACCCUCUCACCUGCUGACCAAGGAGGAGCAAGCUGCCAAAGCGAAGGCUGAGAAAAUCCGUGUGGCACUAGAGAAAAUUAAAGAAGCCCAGGUGAAAAAGCUGGUGAUACGUGUACACAUGUCAGAUGAGAGUUCAAAGACCAUGAUGGUGGACGAGAGGCAGACAGUCAGGCAGGUGCUGGAUAGUCUGCUGGAUAAAUCUCACUGCGGUUACAGUCCAGACUGGGCCCUGGUCGAGACCAUCCCUGAGCUACAGAUGGAGAGAAUUUUUGAAGACCAUGAGAACCUUGUGGAGAACUUGCUCAACUGGACCAGAGACAGUCAGAACAAACUCAUGUUUAUUGAGCGGAUUGAAAAGUAUGCACUUUUCAAAAACCCACAGAACUAUUUACUUGGGAGGAAGGAGACCUCUGAGAUGGCAGACAGAAACAAGGAGGCACUGCUGGAGGAAUGUUUUUGUGGAAGCUCAGUGUCUGUUCCUGAAAUUGAGGGAGUGCUGUGGUUGAAGGAGGAUGGUAAAAAGUCUUGGAAGAAGCGCUACUUUCUGCUGAGGGCAUCUGGCAUCUAUUUUGUGCCGAAGGGCAAAGCCAAGGCUUCCAGGGAUUUGGUGUGCUUCCUGCAGUUGGACCAUGUUAAUGUUUAUUAUGGUCAGGACUACCGAAGCAAGUACAAGGCCCCCACUGACUACUGCCUGGCCCUCAAGCACCCUCAGAUCCAGAAGAAGUCACAAUAUAUAAAAUACCUGUGCUGUGAUGAUGUCAGAACUCUACACCAAUGGGUCAAUGGAAUUCGUAUUGCUAAGUAUGGGAAGCAAUUGUAUGUGAACUACCAGGAAGCCAUGAAGCGCACUGAAGCUGCCUAUGACUGGUCUUCUCUCUCCAGCACCAGCAUCAAGUCAGGAACAAGCUCAGUCAGUAUACCUGAGUCACAGUCAAACCACUCUAGCCAGACAGACAGUGGUAUGUCCGAUGGCACUUCAUCCUCCCAUGCCCGCUCCCAGAGUGUGGUCAGUUCAAUCUUCUCUGAGGCCUGGAAGAGAGGGACUCAGAUAGAGGAGAGCACAAAGGCAAGACCAGAAUCGAUCCGUUCUACCCAUUCAAGCCAUAGCACCCAUUCUUCUCAUCAUGUGGCCCAACAGCAGCAUCCACACCUACAGCAACAGCCAAAUGCACAUUCAAUUCCACAGUCACGAGGAAGUGUCCACCAAGCCCCAACACAGGCACCACCCCAAGCAACUCCAGCCCCGCCACCCCCUCCUCCUCCUCCUCCCCCUCCCCCACCACCUCCUGUUUCCAGUAUCCCCCACCAUGCUACUCCUACCAUGUUUGCCAAAUACAGCACUAUCACUCGCCUGCAGAAUGCUUCUCAGGCUAUAAGUCACCACAAACCUCAUCCUCAAAUCCAGCAGCAAGUGCCACCAGUCCCUCCAGUAUCCAAACCACAAUCAAACAAUAUUCCACCAGGGGCAAAUAUCCCACCUCCUCCUCCUCCACCUCCACCUGCCCCAAUGCCUCCGCCGGGAUCAGCCAUGGCUGUUUUGAAGCUUGGUCCACCAGCCCCAGCAGCAGUUUUACAGUCAUCCCCUCUAACCCCCUCACCACCACCACCACCUCCUCCUCCCAUAAUGCCCAUGCAGUCACAACCUCUACCACCACCUCCUCUCAUAAAACCUACACAGUCACAGCCUCUACCACCUCCUCCUCCCAUAAUGCCCAUGCAGUCACAACCUCUACCACCUCCUCCUCCCAUAAUGCCCAUGCAGUCACAACCUCUACCACCUCAUCCUCUCUUAAAACCUACGCAGUCACAGCCUCUACCACCACCUCCUCCUCUCAUAAUGCCCAUGCAGUCACAACCAUUACCACCUCCUCCACCCAUAGUGCCAUUCCAAUCACACCCUUUACCACCUCCUCCACCCCCUCUCCAGGCUAAUGGCCUUUCCCCUCCUCCACCGCUCUCUACAGUCCAGGCACCUUGCAGAGUCAAUGGACUCAAGCAGGUUCUUGCCCAAAAAUUUUCCAAUGUACCCCUGGACGUAUUGCCCCCAGCUAAUCAGACCCCUUUUCCCCCACCACCUGCACCUACACUCACUCCUCAACAGCAUGUUGUUCCAGCUCCAUAUCCACCACCUCCACCAUGCCCAACACAGCUGCCAAUUCAACCAGCAGUUUUACCAAAAACUUUCACUGGUGGAUUUCUACCCCAAACAGCACCCAAAACUUCCCAUGGCAUUUUUCCAGUAUCCCUAGUAGCUCCGUCACCCCAAGUUCCAGUGCCACCUCCCCCUCCUCCUCCACCUCCAGCACCAUUGAAGAACCAACCCCCGCCAACACUACCCAAGCAGCACAGCAUCUCCAAGACACUGCCCCUCGCCAGCCAAACCUCAUCAGUGCCAUCCCUGGUUAAGCAGCUUGCUAGCCAGUUUCCUGUUGCAUCUCCUGCAGUGGCCAAUCAAGCGGAGAGCCACAAAGCUCCCCAGUCCCCACCUGCAGUGAAGGCUAAACCAAAAUGGCAGCCUGUAGGUCAAGCCCAGCAGCAACAGCGGUCACCUGAGUUUCCACCACCUCCACCAGAGAGUACCCUUGCUUUUCCUUCUCCACCACCACCUCCUCUUCCUCCAGGUCCCACCCCUCCUCUACCCCCUCCUCCUCCUCUGAUGUCAGGCCCUCCCCCUCCUCCUCCCCCUCCUCCUCCUCCUCUGAUGUCAGGCCCUACCCCUCCUCCCCCUCCUCCUCCUCCGAUGUCAGGCCCUACCCCUCCCCCUCCAAUGUCAGGCCCUACCCCUCCCCCUCCUCCUCCUCCUCCUCCUCCAAUGUCAGGCCCUCCCCCUCCUCCGAUGUCAGGCCCUACCCCUCCUCCUCCAAUGUCAGGCCCUACCCCCCCUCCUCCUCCUCCUCCUCCUCCUCCUCCUCCGAUGUCAGGCCCUACCCCUCCUCCUCCUCCUCCGAUGUCAGGCCCUACCCCUCCUCCCCCUCCUCCUCCUCCUCCUCCUCCUCUGAUGUCAGGCUCUCCUAUCAGAAAGUCCUCUGGUUCAGCUGCAGGUGUCAAGAAACCUCCACCGACUCCUCAACGCAACCAGUACCAGGAGUCCUGCAGAAACUUGGUGAGCAAGUUUAACCCUAGUUCUGCUUCUUCAUCAACAUCAACCUCCAGCAUCUCACACUCCAAAGAGUUUUCUACAGGUCCACGUGCACCCCCCAAACCAGGGAAGCUCAAUCUGGCAAAUCUUCCUUUGGCUUUGCAGACCAAAUUUAAUCAGAACCGCCAAUCAACUGCAGACUUCCCAUCCCCUCCACCCCCAGAGAAUGAAUUCUUCCCUCCUCCCCCACUGGAGUCUGACCUUCCUCCACCACCGCCCCUUCCAGGUGAUUCAAAUGGUGUGUCUCCAAAAAUAGCUGUGGUCAAUCCACAGCCCCAGCCUGCCUGGGGCAAGAGUUCCCUGAAGAAGUCGCAACCUCCAGCAUCACUUCGCUGUAACAACUCUAUUAGAGAGUCUCCACCCCUCUCACCACCUUCCAUACAAGGGGGCCCUAUUCGGCCAUCUUCUCCCAAAGGCACCACGCAACCCAACUUCUUGCAGGACCUUAACAAGACACUGAAACGCAAGUCUUCGCGAGUCUUGGGAGACAAAGUGGACCCUGUGGCCACAAUGGAUGACAUGGCUUUGCCACCACCUCCCCCUGAAGUUCUGCAUGACCAACAGAGGCACAGUGGGAGUGGCUUCAUGUCCGGGAAUAUCUCAGGCUAUGCAACGCUACGGAAAGGGCCGCCUCCAGCCCCACCCAAGCGGGACCACAGCACCAAACUAACAAACUGAUACAACUUCAACUUUUCUUGGACACUCUUGCUUGCUAAUUUCAUGUCUGUCAUAGUUGUAGAGGGGAAGCCAUCAUUUUGUUGAUUAUGCUCAGCUUGUUCUGUACAAAACGACUCAGUAAAGCUGAAACUUCUUGUGACUUUGUGACAGUGCAUCAGUUUCAAACAACUGAGUGAUUCCACUUCAACACCUUGGUACUGCAUGGAAUACAAAACUGCAUAAUAUAAAAUAAUCUUAUUGAUUUUUGGGAAGAUGAAUGUUUUGAACUUUGGGGUUGGGUGGGAUUUUUAAUUUUGAUUUUAUAUUCUUUUUAUAUUAUUAUUUAAUAAUCUGAAGAGAUUUUGUUAUUUUACACUGCAUUUUUUUAAAUAAUUGGAUGGUUAUUUUUGUUUGAGGAGUAUUAGAUGUAUAGGUCGAUGUAGACUGUGUGUUUGGUUGGUAUAUUAGUUCGGCACGACUUUCACCAAUUGUGUGGCAGAUCCAGUGCUCAGUGGAUACAUCUAGCAUCUAUUCUGAUCACUAUUAUUCUUUGAGCCACUUUAAGUGCGUUUUAAAUGUAAUUGUCAAAAUUGUAACAUGAAGGAGGAGUUGUUCAGGGAGUUGCCUCAAUGUCUAGUUCUGUGAGACUGUGGAAUGUUUGCUUUUUUUUAUUAGACCUGUUUAAAAUGUAGAUAUUCUCAUUUGCUGCAGUAUCUUUGUCUAGGUAAAACAAAUGACUGCCUUGCUGUUCCUUGUUAGUCCUUACUUCCUCUGGUGAACGUUCAAGCUGACUUUUACAAAUUGUUCACCUAUGAAGAGAUGGACUUUUAAGUCAUGUGACUGAAUGACACAAUCAUUAUUCACAUAGUUUUAUCUUAUAUCCUGUAUUAUAACCUGUAUUAUUGGCUCAUGAAUACAGCCAUGCCUUAAAAAGAUUCUAGAACAUGCGUAUCAAACAACCUAUCAAAAUAUUAUCACCUUACAAGAAAAGACCAUUUUAUUACAUAAAAGUUACAUUUCCCUGUUGGUUUUACCGGUCAAAGGAUUCUGGCUGAUUUUCCCCAUUCAGACAUGACAUGCAACUUCAGAAUCUUACACUAAGUACCAAUCUAUAAUGGCUCUAUAAGAGCCACAUGGCAUAUGUACAAACCAGUAUACAUAUUAUCUCAUGUCCACAUUUCCUUUUGAAGAAUUUGUUUAUUGAAUGUAUUUACAAUAUCAUGAAACUUUUCAGGCUGUUGAGAAGUGACUAAAUGAAGUUAAUAUUAAAUUA